AUGGCUUCGGCGCCGUUGCUCUGGUUCUCAUUCCUGCUGGUCACGGCAUUUAGCCAAGAGAUGCUGGUGGGGGAUGACGAGUGCGCGGGACUGGAGUCGGAGAGCUGCGCCUGGAGUGCUCUACAAAUGAGUGCCAAGGCGCAGAACGCACCCUACACACUGCUGAAGAACAAGCUCAGCCACAGGUGUCUUAGCUUUGCAGGCUUCGGAAACACCGGGGACGGCCUCAUGAUCCUGGACUGUGGGGCCGCAAUCUCGCGAAUGCAGCAGUUCCGGCUCCGAGACGGCAAGCUGGAGUGCUUGGGAGAGGGGGAGUCAAACCUCUGCGUGCUCCUGGGUGGAGAUGGCCGCAUAUUUCUGGGCUCCUGCGACUGGCCCGGGAGCAGGUGGACGUGGUCGAAAUCCUACUUCCGCUCUUACGGCUGGCUGAAGCAAGUCACUCCAAAAGGUGACUAUUGCAUCGGAGUGAAAGGCACCAUGGGCAAAAAGUCCGGGGAGUCGGUCGUCGCAGAAAGGUGCAGCUACAUGGGCCUUACCGACCAGCGGUGGGUUUGGGGAGAUGACUGA